UUCCCAGCUGAUCAUCUCCUGCAUGCAGAGUUUGAGUUCACAAAUACAAGUGGACUUUUUCUGUUCUCUUUGGCAGAUGGUGAUGGACAAAGUGAACAUUUGUUACCAGUAUGUGAAGAUGUAAACUGUCAAAAAAGUGCCAUCUACUUAACUAAGCUAGGAAUGGAUCAGUGGAUUCCAGUCUUGCAGGACUUCAGAAAUAAAGACACACUUUGGGGCUUUGUGAAAAAUCAAACUGACAAAACUACAUCAGAAGUUUCAUUUCCAAUGACCCUUCAUAUUGGAGAUUACAACAUGGAUGGCUACCCAGAUGCCCUUGCUAUACUAAAGAACACAUCUGGAAGCAAUCAACAAGCAUUUUUACUAGAAAAUGUCCCAUGCAAUAAUGCAAGCUGCAAGAGUGCACGUCGUAUGUUUAAAGUUUUUUGGGAGCUCUCUGACCUAAAUCAAAUCAAAGAUGCAGUCGUAGCAACCUUCUUUGAUAUCUACGAAGAUGGAAUCUUGGAUAUCGUUGUAGUAAGCAAGGGCCACUCCAGUGAAGACUUCGCUAUCCAUACAUUAAAAAACAACUUUGAAGUAGAUGCAUAUUUUGUUAAAGUUAUUGUUCUCAGUGGCCUCUGUUCUAAUGACUGUCCUCGGAAAAUAACACCUUUUGGUGUUAAUCAGCCUGGUCCUUACAUCAUGUAUACAACCGUUGAUGCAAAUGGAUACUUGAAAAAUGGGUCAGGUAAGAUAAUCUCAUAAAAAUAGACAUUGCUAAAUAAUGGCAAUAAUCUAAGGAAAGAGAUGUGGGUAUUCUGGGUCCCAAAUCAGUGAUAAUGCUCUCACCCUGAGCACUGUGCUCAGAACUGUUUAUUCUACCUGAGGAAAUAUAGAGAAAUAAUGUGACUUUAAAUGUGUACAAGAUAGCUGCAAAAACAUACUCUGAUACUCUGUAGUACUUCUGCAUUCAUACAUGCUUAAAGUUGGGCUUGGAAUUUUAAGGCUACAUUUUUGUUUAAGCUAGCGAUUACUGCCAAUGUAUGAAAAUGCUGAGUAUUUUUUUCAAAUUGUACAAAUUCAGUUUUACAAACUAAUCUUCUAGUUUUGCUCUUCGCUUCGUUGCUCUGAAAGUUUUCUUCAUAAGCUAAAUCUAAGAGCUUACUUCGCUAGGAACACUUAAAACACCACAGUAAAUCUAGAGAUUUGUAGUUAAUCUAAGAGGAGAGCCCAGUGCAUCAGGCCAUGCCCUUAGGCAGGCAGUGCUGGUGGGUAACAAUUAGCAUAUCUCAUUAUUGGCAGUCAGCAAGAUGAUGGCUGGUAGACUUUGUCAGAGCCAAGUCACUGUAGAGCCUAUUUUGUUAACCAUAUAAAAAAAAAAAUAAAUAA